AUGCAAGAUCGCCUUCUUUCCAUCGCGUCUGGAUUUCGGGAAGAGUCCUUCAAGGAACCUGGAGACGAUUUUGCCAAGUUUUUAUCGACCUUGCCGAACAAGGAAUGGAUACCGUUUGGAGACGAGGCACCAGCGCCACGCCAGGGGGUGUUCGGAGCACCAAGCGACAAUGUGCUUUUCUAUUUGAAGCCAUGCCAGAUGCCCGUGUGUGGUUCGCUGAGUUGGAGAGCUGAUCCUCACCAUGAGAAGGAGCUGGCUUUUCUCAAGAAGGAUAGUCAGCACGAAGUUCGGAUCAACAAGCAACUCUCAACGCUGUGGAGUGCCCGCGAGCUGCUCGCCUUCGCUGAGAGCAGAUCUGCCGAGUUCGACAUCGCCAAUGUGAUCACGAACUUGCACCGGGUUGCCAAGUCUGCAGAUCGCUGGCAGGUGAAGAGGGACCCACGGUUGAAGGACCUUUUCCGGAGAGCGGUCGAGGCCGUGACCUCACAUGACCGUGCGUCUGUCCGAGACAUAGCCAAGAUCCAAUGGGCCAUCGGACGCCUGCAGUUCCGAGAUGUCGCGGUUGAAGCAGGGCUGGCGGAUGCAAUACUGUCUCGUUUACAUCAAUUUGAACCUCAAGGCCUUUCCAAUAUCAUUUGGAGCUUUGGCUUUGUACCGCCAUCGGCACACUUAUUGCAGGGACUCCUGGAUGCAUUCUCUGCGAAGGUGGUUGAAAGCGAUCCGCAGGCACUCAGCAACGUUGUUUGGUCUCUUGCAAGGCUCUCCUGCCGUACGCCACUUCUGCACAGUGUCUCCCGGGUUGCAGUGGCAAAGCUCGAUGCAUUCGAUCCCCAGGGGCUUGCCAAUAUUGCUUGGUCCUUUGCAACGCUCCAGCACUCUGAUCCCACCUUGUUCUCCGGAAUCUGCGAAGCAUUUUCCUUUGGUGGUGCUGGCUGGGAGCCGCAAAAUGUGUCUAACUUGAUAUGGUCCUGUGCGAGGAUUCAGUUCUCUUCAGAACCUCUGUUGGAUACAGCGGUAAGAGAGGCGACAUCAACGAUUGAUGGUUGGAGCUGCCAGGGUGUUGCGAACCUUCUGUGGGGCUUUGCAAAGCUUGCGUCCGCGAAGGCAGAUCUCUUUGACAAGGGGGCACAGGUAGUGAAGCAGAAGUUGCGAAGGUUCUCCCCACAGAACUCAGCGAGCGUUGUUUGGGCUUUUGCCAAGCUGUCCCUGCUCACACGAGACCUGCUCGACCUGGUUGCAUCUGACGUCACGCUGAAGCAGGCGGAAUUCAGUCCGCAGCACGCAUCUUCCGUGAUGUGGGCAUGUGGGACUUCCAGCCAUUACCAUGCAAAGCUCUUGACGGUCCUCAGCAACAAAGCCUCGGAGAUGUCCGAGUUCAAUUGUCAAGACUUGUCGAAUUUCGCGUGGUCUUGUGCCAAGCUGCUCUGGGCAGAUGCUCCGCUCUUGGAAGCCCUGGCUGCGGAUGUUUGUGAGAAAACCCGAAGCUUUCCUGCCCAGAACCUCGCCAUGACGGUCUGGUCGUUUGGAUGCCUCAGCUUCCGGAGGGAGCCCAUGAUGGUGGCUUUGAUGGGUCACCUGCCCAGCCUGCUCGGGGAGCUGGGACCCCAGGGCUUGGCGAACGUGGCCAUGGGCUGUGCCAAGCUGGUCUUCAAGAGCCGGGUCUUGGAGGAUCUUGCAGCCGUGGCUGCGGCAAACAUGAAGAGCUUCAGCAACCAGGAGUUCUCGAUGCUUCUUUGGUCCAUGGCGAAGUUGGCCUUGAAGGACACAGACUUCAUCCAAGAGUCCGUGGCGGAAACGAAGGCGCGGAGGGAGCUCCUGAAUCCGCAAGAUCUCGCCGUCUUGGCCUGGGCCUUUGCUCAUCUCGAGGGCAGCGAGUCGCACGAGAUUCUCGAUGCCCUCGCUUGGGAGAUGACGAAGAACGUCAUUGAUUUUUCGCCCCAAGAUUUAUCAAACAUCUCAUGGGCCUACGCUACAGCCUGCCUUGAACAUGCCGUGAUGAUGAGCGCGAUCUCGAUGGAAGCGCUGCGGAAGAUGGGGAGCUUUCAAGCGCAGGACCUGUCGAACUUGUGCUGGGCUUUUGCCAAGCUCGGUCUGACCGACGAGGGCCUUUUCGAUGCCCUGGCCAGCGCAGUGCAGGAGCGAAUCGAAACGCUGCUCCCUCAGAACCUCUCGAUGGUGGCCUGGUCUUUUGCCAAACUCGGCCUGCUGAACGAGGACAUGAUGGCUGCCAUCGCCCGGGAAGUGCUGCGGAAAAUCGAGGACUUGGACGGCCAGGCCACCGCCAACCUCGUCUGGUCUUGGGCCGUGCUAGGCCUGCGUCACAGCUGGCUCCUAGAACCUUUGAUGCAUAGGGCAUCGGUGCUCAUGGCAAGCUUGAACGGCCUUGAGAUCUCCAACGUGGCCUGGGGCCUGAGCCUCCUUGGCCUCCUAGGGCCAGAGCUCCGAAAGCCCUGGCUCCAGCGUGCCGCCGGCUGCUUUCUGGAGACCUCGGCUUCGGGAGCCGCCUGGGUGGACUUCGCCAACGUCUGCAAGGAACCCAUGGAAGCCCCGAUGGCCGCAGAGGUGGAGGGACGCUUCCGCGAGCGGUUCCUGGAGCCGGUUUUGGAGAUUCUGCUGGGCCUCCAGAGGGCGGAGGUCUCGCCGGAGAACUUCGAGUCUCAGGCGACCAAGUUGGGGCUCCGGAACUUGGGUCCAACAUACAGCGUGGAAGCCUUGCAAGCACUCGGCUUUCUAGAUUCGGCGCCCGACCACGGCUGGGUUCGCGAGGCGCGGUGGCAAUGUCGGAGCGUGCUGCGAGAAUGGCAGAUCCCCGGUGUGCACAGCAUCGUCGCGUAUGCGAAGUGGAAGGUCCUGCAUCCGAGCGGCGUUGAGUGCGUGCUCCCCGGACGGGUCUUCGUCUCUGAGCCGACUGAGUCGGAGGAAGAGCUGGGGACUUGGCUCAAGGCUUUUGCAGCUUGCGGGCGAUUUGCGGAGAGGAUGGCCUUGCUCACGCUGUUACGCUCCAUGUCUUCGACACUGGAGCGGCAGCAGCUUGCUGAUUUCGACGGCAGUGUCAAGAUGUACCUCAGCCAUGUACCGUCGCUCUGCACUCUUGGCAUGCUUUGCCAACUGCUGAGCCGCUGCCCACGACUCUCCGUGCGCUUUGCCUUCGACGAUGCCUGGAGGAGCUUUUGUGGCCUCCCGCGCUUCGAUUCACAUCCGUGA